GCUUCCGGGGUUGUAGUGGGUGCGUUUAAUUGUCCACAUUUUGUGAACACCUUCGAGCGAGUGCUUAUGCAUGACGUCAUACAUUUCCGAUUACAAGUGGCUUGUGGCUUGAAAUGUUACGAGAGCGCUUGAGGACUCCGAGGACGCCGCGUGCGUCUUGACGUGGAUCGAACACUUGAACAGAACCAGAGCCUUUCGUACGCAAUACGGCGCCCGCAAUGGCUUGCUUCUCGAUCAUAGCGUGAUCAUACUGAAAACAAACUUCUUUUAGCGUCACAGGAGCAAUUUAAUUUAUUCACCGACAAUGCCCGGAGGAAAACGCAAGAAGUUCAUCGACAAGAAGAACGCCGUCACUUUCCAACUAGUCCACCGUAGCCAGAAAGAUCCGCUGCAAGCCGACGAAACAGCGCCCAAGCAUGUCCUCCUCGAAAAGCGAACUGGAAGGCCGCUGCAGACCGACGAUCUGUCGAGCCACGGAAAGGCCCCGCUCGAAAAGCGGAAGGAGGAGCAGCGUAAAUAUGGCAUCUACUUCGACGACGACUACAACUAUCUUCAACACCUGAAGGAUGUCAACCGUGUGGCAGACUGGGAACCCGUCAUUCAGAGGGUUCGGGUUACAGACGACGCCUCUGGAAGCGUGCCAACCGACAAGAAGAACAUCCGACUACCCUCUUCUGUGUUCCAAUCAAACGUGGAAGAGAAAGAGGGCUUGUUGAACAAGGUCGCCCCACAAGUUGGUCCGAGACCCGAUUGGGAUCCCGAUGUCGUGGCUGCGUUGGACGACGACUUCGACUUCGAAGACGAAGACAAUGAACUGGAGGACGACUUUGUGAAGCUUGCAGAUGGGCCGGCCCAAGAAGGCAUUGAAGGGAUCGACGAAGGUGCCAUGGAAGACGACAACUCCGACGACUACGUCACGGACGACGAGGAAGAGGUGGGAAGCGACGACGGAAGCGAGGGUGGCUUCUCCUUUGCGGAGGAAGAGGUCCGCUCGAGGUUCACCAACUACUCCAUGUCUUCGUCGGUCAUCCGGAGGACCGAGGGCCUCAAGACGCUGGAUGAGCGCUUCGAACAGUUGUUUGAGCAGUACGACGACCUCGAACUCGGGGCCCUAGACGGCGAGGAGAUUGAGGGCUGCCUUCAGCCGGACAGCGAGAUCAUGAAGCAGAUCGUGGAGGAAUACCAGCGGAAGACGCGGCUCCCCACCCUGAAGGAGGUGAUGAUGCAGGAGAGGGCAAACAUGGCGCCCCUGGCGAUGGAGUCCAUAGCGGAGGAGGACGAGCUCGUGGACGUGAGGCUGGAGUGCGACCCGGGCAAGGAGCGCUGGGACUGCGAGUCCAUCAUCAGCACAUACUCCAAUCUGUACAACCACCCCAAGCUGAUCAAGGAGCCCAAAAAGGACAAGGUGCAGCUGUCAUCAAGGACUGGACUUCCGGUAAAGGACAAGGGAGGCCUGAGCCGGCAAGGACUCAAGCGGCUCGAGCAAGAGCUCGGAGGAGAUAACGACGACAGAGACGAGACUCGGUCUCGGACGUCUGUGGCGUCCAGCAUCCGCCCGAAGAACGAAACGCCGGAGGAGCGGCGUCUACGCAAGGCCCAAGUGCGCGCGCUCCGCAAAGAGAGGAGACAGGAGAAGAAGGCCAACAGCCUGGCUUUUAAGGCCGAAGAGUUGAGGCAGGAAAAGGCCAUGGCUAACGUCAGGAAGAGCCUCACCUCGAUGCGGUUGAUGUAAAAAUUAAAGCGUUUUAUUUGAAAA